AGCGACUGGACUGGUUGACUUUUAUUUUUAUUUUACGAUUGGUGACUGGUGAGUGGAGCUGAAAGUAAGGUAUGUUUUGUGGUUGAAAUUGAGAUUUCUAGACUGUGAGUGUGAAUUUAGAAAAGUAAUGUUUGGAAAGAAUCUCUGAAACAAUGAAAGAAGAGAGAGAUGACAGUGAUGGAGAGGAAAUGGAGCACGAGUCUGGGGACUCGGACAAAUCUACAUCCUCCUGCGACAGUAGUGACACUGAUACCGAUGACAGUUCUGACAUGGACAUUGAAGAGUGUGACAGACGUAGGGCUGAAUGUCUUCAAACCCUGGCAGAAACUGAAAGAAAAAUUAAGCAAAUAAAUGAUCAGUUGUACAAAGAAAGGCUAACUCAGGUGGAGACCAAGUUGAAUGAAGUACGGAUGGGGCGAGCUCAGGAGUACCUUGUGCCCUUGGACGAGUUACAAGAAAACUGCAGCAUCCGGAUAGAAGUAGCAGGAUUCCUACGGCAGUACAGGCUAACCAACAUCCGUAACAACUUUGAGGCUGAGGAGCAGGCUGCCAACCAGAACUUCAAUAGCGAAAAAAUGUUGGUAAUGGAUAGACUUAAGGAUGAGAUAGAAGAGAAGAUUCGAAUGUUGGAGGAAGACAGGAACAAUGUGGAUAUCAGUGCAGACCUGUGGGUGUACGAACGGUCACGUCACAACAAACGACACUCGUGGCGUGGCACGCGUUUACCAGAGGACAACAACAACCUUGUGCGCCGCAAACCUACCGUAGUCUCUGGUCCUUACAUCGUCUACAUGCUGCGGGAUGCUGAUAUACUGGAGGACUGGGCCAUUAUCAAGAAGGCAGCCACAGUCUGCAAGCGCAAAUCAGAAUGGUCUGAUGGAAAUUCAGUAAAAAAGGACAUGUUUAGAUCAAAAUAUCAAAAAGAUCAAAAAUACCAAAAAGAUUCAAAAUACCAUAAAGAACGAAAACUCCAUUUUCCAGGGAAACCUGGACAAAAACUUAAGUUGUGGUAGUUAUCGAGUGAGUUUAUGACUGUUUGUACCCGGCCUUGUUGGUUGUUGAAGUCCCUGACGAACAUAGAAGGUUCUGGAUUACCUCAGUAUUUAGACUACGAGCUGUUAGCAACAGUGAUGGCUAUCUGUGAUAUUACACAAUAUUGUUUGUGCGCAGGCGUACAACUUUAGUAGUUUUUUGUUAUAAGUUUUUCAAUAAAUGUAGUAAUUGUCUUAAAAGAAAAAGAUACAUUGAUUUCAGGAUUUAUGAUAAAGAUUAAAUAGAGUUAGGAAUAUAAAAUGUAUAAACAUCAGGUCAGAUAAAUAGUUUUGUAAAAUAAGUUAUAUAAUUUUAUAGGCAGUAGGGUUUAUUUUUAUUUUAAUAAUUGAGUAUCGAGUAACUAAAGUGGUUUUCUCAUAAAGAAAAUUAAAUAUAGUAUUAUAGCAUAAAAUGGAACUUACAAAGUGAAUUAGUGUUUGGUAGUAAAGCUAUACCAAGUAAUUUACGGAGUGAGACAAGUUUUUGAACAUAAGAGAUUAACUAUAUUAUGAUACAAAUUGUAAAAUGUGAUUUAAAUGACGUACUUAUCAGUA